AUGAAGAAGCGACAACGCAUAACUUACCACGCAGCUGAAACACCAAAGACGUCAACAUUUGUCAGUUAUUUGUGCUUCCGUGUUACGACUUCGAAUUCGAAUUCGACGGCGACUUUGAAUGUGGCACGCGUUAAGCGGCAACUGUUGACCAUCUUCGGCUUGUGGCUGAUGAUCUGCUCAGCAUUUGUUGGCUGCUCGGCCGUUGGUUAUUCAUAUUCGAGGUUCGAGGGUCCGGUGGUGGGGCCAGAGCGGCUGGUGACGGUGCCCGAUGCCUAUGGCGGUGGCACGCACUCCGAUUAUGUGGCACGACCCGAAUACAGCUUCGCCUAUGGCAUCGAAGAUGGCCAGACGCGUGUGCUACAAAAUCGCAAAGAGACGCGCAAUGGCGAUGAGGUGAGAGGCGUCUACAGCGUAGUCGAUCCUGAUGGCACCCUGCGUGUGGUUAAAUACACAGCAGACGAUGCGAAUGGUUUCCAGGCCGAGGUUAUCACCAAUGGCAUUGCACGUUUGCAUGGCCAUGGCAACGACGGGGAUGGAGGCGGUGCAGCUGUCGAUGAGCAAGUGGAGCACAAUGAAGUCAAUCAUCAUGCAGCUGACGAUCAAGAUGAUGAUGAUGAUGAUGAUGAGGAGCAACAAGAAGCACCAAAAAAGGGCAAAGGUCAGUAUAAAGUGCAUGAGGACUAUGACGAAGGGGAACGCGAUGGUGGUGAGGAAAGAGAGGAGAAGGAAGGCGGCGGUGAUCAUGAGGAAUACGAGGGCAGCAGCGAGGAAGGCUACGAGGAUGCAAAUGCUCAACAGGAGCAGGAAAGCAGCGAGGAAUACUAA